AUGGCCUUCUGGACGCAGCUGCUGCUGCUGCUUUGGAAUAAUUUCCUGUACCGCAGGAGGCAGCCGGUAAUGUCUGGUCGGCUCUUGGUGGAGCUGAUGUGGCCAAUCUUUCUCUUCUUCAUCCUGGUGGCCGUACGCCAUUCCCACCCCCCACUCGAGCAGCAUGAAUGCCAUUUCCCCAACAAGUCGCUGCCGUCAGCGGGUACCGUCCCUCGGCUCCAGGGCCUCAUCUGCAACGUGAACAACACCUGCUUCCCACGGCCCACGCCCGCCGAGGAGCCUGGCGUUCUCAGCAACUAGGACUCCCUGGUCUCCCGGCUCCUGGCAGAUGCCCCCGCUGUCCUGGGGGGCCCCAGGGCCCACAGGAUGCUGGCUAGCCUGAGGCAGCUGAUGCCCACGCUGAGGGCUGCACGUGGAGCAGGAGCAGCCUGGCCUCGGCUGCGUGACCAGCCCAAGGAGGGACCGUCCCUGGCCACUGAGCUGCUGAGGACACUGCUGCAAGGGGAAUCCCUGGCGUUUGUGCUGGGCCAGGCCCAGGAGUCCUUAGACACUGUGGAAGCAGCAGAAGACCUGGCCCAGGAGCUCCUGGUGCCGCCCGGCCUGGUGGAGCUGUGGGCGCUGCUGUGGAGACUCCAAGGGCCAGGUGGCCCCCUGGAGGCGGUGGCAGAAGCCCUGUGCAGUGCCAGGGGGCCCAGCAAGCCGGGCGGGCCCUCCCUGACCUGGUACGAGGCCAGUGACCUGAAGGAGCUGGUGGGGCAGGAGCCGGUGCGGGCCCUGCCACACCACAGCCUGAGCUCCACCUGCACUGAGCUGAUGGGGGCCCUGGACGCCCAUCCCCUGUCCCGCCGGCUCUGGGGGCGCCUGAAGCCGCUGGUCCUGGGGAAAGUAGUGUUCAGCUCACGGCCCAGGUGACGCGCCUGCCUCCUGCAGGUGAACUGAACCUUCCAGGGGCUGGCGCUGUUGAAGGGCAUCCAGGAGGUGUGGGAGCUGCUGGGCGCCCCGCUCUUGAACUUCGCAAAUGACAGCGCCGGCGUCGCACAGCUGCAGAGGCUCCUGCAGAUCAAAGGAAGAAGGCAGCCAGGAGCUGCAGGCCAGGACCUGGGGGAGGCAGCUCUUCGUGCCUUUCUGAACCCCCGAAGUGGUGGCUGCAGCUGGCAGGAGGCCCAUGCUGAUGUGGGACACCUGGUGGGCACACUGGGCCGUGUGAUGGAGUGCGUGACUCUGGACAAGCUGGAGGCUGCGCCCUCAGAGGCUGCCCUGGUGGAGCGGGCCCUGGAGCUGCUCUCCGAGCACCGUUUCUGGGCCGGCAUCGUCCUCCUGGAGCCUGAGGACUUCCCGGACUCCUCGCAGUCCCCAGGCCCUGGCCAUGCGCGCAUCAAGAUCGCAUCAAGAUCCAUGGACAUUGAUGACGUCACAAGAACCAAUAAGAUCAGGGACAGAUUUUGGGACCCCGGUCCGGCUGCUGACCUGCUGAUGGACCUGCGCUACGUGUGGGGCGGCUUCAUGUACCUGCAGGACCUGCUGGAGCGUGCAGCCAUGCGCGUGCUCACUGGAGCCGCGCCCCGCGCCGGCCUCUACCUGCAGCAGAUGCCCUACCUGUGCUACGUGAACGACGCGUUCCUGACGAUGACCUGGAUCUACUCGGUGGCGCUGACCGUGAAGGCUGUGGUGCGUGAGAAGGAGACGCGGCUGCGCUGCACGAUGCGCGCCAUGGUCAGUGGCGCCGUGCUGUGGCUGGGCUGGUUCCUCAGCUGUCUCGGGCCCUUCCUUCUCAGCACCGCGUUGCUCGUGCUGGUGCUCAAGCUCGGGGACAUCCUCCCCUACAGCCACGCGGUGGUGCUCUUCCUGUUCUUGGCGGCUUUCAAGGUGGCCACGGUGGUCCAGAGCUUCUUGCUGAGCGCCUUCUUCUCCCGAGCCAACCUGGCAGCCGCCUGCGAGGGCCUCGCCUACUUCGUGCUCUAUCUGCCCUACGUGCUGUGCGUGGCCUGGCGGGACCAACUGCCCGUGGGCGGCCGUGUGGCCGCGAGCCUUCUGUCGCCCGUGGCCUUCGGCUUCGGCUGCGAGAGCCUGGAACUGCUGGAGGAGCAGGGCGAGGGCGCGCAGUGGCACAACGUGGGCACUGGGCCUACAGCCGAUGUCUUCAGCCUGGCCCAGGUCUCGGGUCUUCUGCUGCUCGACGCUGCGCUCUACGGCCUCGCCACUUGGUACCUGGCGGCCGUGUGCCCAGGCGAGUACGGGAUUCCUGAACCGUGGAACUUUCCCUUUCGGAGGAGCUACUGGUUUGGGCCUCAGUCCCCGAAGGGCCCCGCCCCGCCCCCUGCCCCACAGGACCCCAAGGUGCUGGUGGAAGAGGCGCCCCCUGGCCUGAUUCCAGGGGUCUCCAUACGGAGCCUGAAAAAGCGCUUUCCUGGCAACCCGCAGCCGGCCCUGCACGGGCUCAGCCUGGACUUCUACCAGGGCCUCAUUACCGCCUUCCUGGGCCACAAUGGGGCUGGCAAGACGACCAUGCUGUCCAUCCUGAGCGGCCUCUUCCCACCCACUGCUGGCUCCGCCUGUGUCCUGGGUCACGAUGUCCGAUCCAACAUGGCAGCCAUCCAGCCCCACCUGGGAGUCUGCCCACAGUACAGUGUGCUGUUUGACAUGCUGACCGUGGAUGAGCACGUCUGGUUCUGUGGGUGGUUAAAGGGUCUGAGUGCAGCUGCCGUGGGCCCCGAGCAGGACCGUCUGAUGUAGGAUGUGGGACUGGUCCCCAAGCGGCAUGCACAGACUCGCCACCUCUCUGGUGGGAUGCAGCAGAAGCUUUCAGUGGCCAUUGCCUUUGUGGGUGGCUCCCAAGUCGUUAUCCUGGAUGAGCCCACAGCUGGUGUGGACCAUGCUUCCCGUCGAGACAUUCGGGAGCUGCUGCUCAAAUACCAUGAUGAUCGCACAUUGAUCCUCUCCACCCACCACCUGGAUGAGGCAGAGCUGUUGGGAGACCAUGUGGCAGUGGUGGCGGGUGGCCGCUUGUGCUGCUGUGGCUCCCCGCUCUUCCUGCGGCGUCACUUGGGCUCCAGAUACUACCUGACACUGGUGAAGGGUCCCCCAGCCCUGGCCACCAGCAAAAAGGGUGACACUGACUUGAAGGACAACAUGAAUCCUGGGCAGGAAAGGGAGCCAGGCAGCCAGGCCAGCACUGCCGGUGUGGCCCAGCUGCUGGCCCUGGUGCAGAGCCAUGUGCCUGGGGCACGGCUGGUCAAAGAGCUGCCACGUGAGCUGGUGCUGGCGCUGCCCUACCAGGGCGCCCUGGACAGUGGCUUCCCUGAGCUCUUCCGCGAGCUGGACCAGCGGUUGGGGGAGCUGGGACUGGCCGGCUUCGGGAUCUCCGACACCAGCCUGGAGGAGAUCUUCCUGAAGGUGGUGGAGGACUGUGCUGUGGACACAGGCCCAGAAGAUGGUAGGCCCAGGCAGCACCCAUGCUGAGGCAUUGCUCAUCUGGACGCGACUGCAAGGCUCCAGAUUCCUCCAGAGGAGUCAGCCCUGGAGAAUGGGGGGCCGGUGGGAUCUGCUCCUGAGACACAGGCCUUGCAGGGCUCUGGGCCAGACGCCGCAGGCCAUGUACAAGGCUGGGCGCUGACCCACCAGCAGCUCCGGGCCUUGCUUCUCAAGUGCUUCCUGCUUGCCCGCUGCAGCCACCGUGGCCUGUUCGCACAGAUUGUGCUGCCUGCCCUCUUUGUGGGCUUGGCACUGGUGUUUAGCCUCAUUAUGCCUCCUUUCAGAUACUACCCGGCUCUGCAGCUCAGUCCUAGCAUGUACAGUGCCCAAGUGUCCUUCUUCAGUGAGGAUGCCCCAGGGCACCCUGAACGUGCCCGCCUGCUCGAGGCGCUGCUGGAAGAGGCCGGAUUGGAGGAGACUUACCUGAAAAAUAACUCCAACAGGGCACCUGAGUGCACACAGCCUGCCGUCUGCCAGUUCUCGGUGCCCGAGGUUCCUGUAGAUGUGGCUAAGGUCUUGGCCAGUGGCAACUGGACUCUGGAGUCUCCGUCCCCUGCCUGCCAGUGCAGCCAGCCUGGUGCCCACAGCCUGCUGCCCGACUGUCCUGCUGCGGCCGGCGGCCCCCCGCCUCCCCAGGCACCGACCAGCUCGGGCGAAGUGGUCCAGAACCUAACAGGCCAGAACCUGUCUGACUUCCUGGUCAAGACCUACCCACGCCUGGUGCGCCAGGGCCUGAAGACCAAGAAGUGGGUGAACGAGGUCAGGUAUGGGGGUUUCUCCCUGGGGAGCCGAGACCCGGGCCUGCCCUCGGGGCUUGAGGUGGGCCACUCUGUGGAGGAGCUGCGGGCACUGCUGAGCCCCCAACUGGGCGGGGCCCUUGACCGCAUCCUGAACAAUUUCACAGCAGGGGCUCUUGGUCUGGACACUCAGAAUGGCCUCAAGCUGGGAACUGGGAGUGGUGGGCUGAUCUGGUUCAAUAACAAGGGCUGGCAUGCCAUGGUGGCCUUUGUCAACCGAGCCAACAACGCUCUCCUACGUGCCCACCUGCUGCCAAGCCCCGCCCGCCAUGCCCACAGUAUCACCACGCUCAAUCACCCCCUGAACCUCACCAAGGAGCAGCUGUCUGAGGCCGCGCUGAUGGCCUCCUCAGUGAACGUGCUUGUCUCCAUCUGUGUGGUCUUCGCCAUGUCCUUUGUCCCGGCCAGCUUCACCCUUGUCCUCAUCGAUGAGCGUGUCACCCGAGCCAAACACCUGCAGUGUGUGGGGGGCCUGCCCCCCACUCUCUACUGGAUCCACAACUUUCUCUGGGACAUGUGUAACUACUUGGUGCCAGUGUCCAUUGUGGUGCUCAUCUUUCUGGCCUUCCAGCAGAGGGCAUACAUGGCCCCUGCCAACCUGCCUGCCCUCCUGCUGCUGCUACUACUGUAUGGCUGGUCAAUCACACCGCUCAUGUACCCAGCCUCCUUCUUCUUCUCCAUGCCCAGCAUGGCCUACGUGGUGCUCACCUGUUUCAACCUCUUUAUCGGCAUCAACGGCAGCACGGCCACCUUUGUGCUCGAGCUCUUCUCUGAUCAGAAGUUACAGGAGGUGAGCUGGAUCCUGAAAUGGGUCUUCCUUAUCUUUCCUCACUUCUGCCUGGGCUGGGGGCUCAUCGACAGGGUGAGGAACCAGGCCAUGGCUGACGCUUCUGAGCGCUUGGGAGAUGGGCCGUUCCAGUCACCCCUGCGCUGGGAGGUGGUCAGCAAGAACCUCUUGGCCAUGUUGAUACAGGCCAUCUUCCUCCUCUUUACACUCCUGCUGCAGCACCACAACUGCCUCCUGCCACAACCUAAGCUGAGGCUGCUGCCCUCCCUGGGAGAGGAGGAUGAGGAUGUGGCCCGUGAGCGGGGACGGGUGGUACAAGGAGCCACCCAGGGGGACGUGUUGGUGCUGAGGGACCUGACCAAGGUGUACCCUGGGCAGAGGACACCGGCUGUCGACCGCCUGUGUCUGGGGAUCCCCCCUGGUGAGUGUUUCGGGCUGCUGGGCAUGAACGGAGCGGGGAAAACGUCCACGUUCCACAUGGUGACCGGGGACACGGUGCCCAGCGGGGGCGAGGUGGUGCUGGCAGGCCACAGCGUGGCCCGGGAACCAGCCGCAACUCACUGCCGCAUGGGCUACUGCCCUCAGUCGGAUGCCAUCUUCGAGCUGCUGACCGGCCGCGAGCACCUGGAGCUGUUUGCACGCCUGCGCGGUCCUGAGGCCCAGGUUGCCCAGACAGCAAGCUCGGGCCUGGGGCGCCUGGGCCUCCCUCAGUAUGCGGACAGGCCCGCGGGCACCUACAGCCGUGGCAACAAGAGGAAACUGGCAACAGCCGUGGCUCUGGUGGGGGAUCCAGCUGUGGUCUUUCUGGUAUCCACCACUGGCAUGGACCCCGGUGCACGGCGUUUCCUCUGGAACAGCCUUCUGGCCGUGGUGCCGGAGGGCCGCUCCAUGGUGCUCACCUCACACAGCAUGGAGGAGUGUGAGGCGCUCUGCACGCGCCUGGCCAUCGUGGAAGGGCGGUUCCGCUGCCUGGGCAGCGCGCAGCACCUCCAGGGCCGGUUCGGGGCUGGCCACACGCUGACUCUGCGGGUGCGGGCCGAGCUGCGGGAGGUUCACGGUGGCCGCCUGCGCUUCCAGCUGCCUCUGGGAAGGCGCUGCGCCUUGGCGCGCCCCUUUGGAGAGCUGGCAGCACGUGGCGCAGAGCACGGUGUGGAGGACUUCUCUGUGAGGCAGACCACGCUGGAGGAGGUAUUCCUGUACCUCUCCAAGGAUCAGGGAAGGAGGGGGGACGAGCAGGAGGCAGAAGUGGGGGCGGACCCUGUGCCAGGCCCGCAGACCCCCAAACUCAUCACCGAGUUCCUCGAUGACCACAGCAUGGCCGAGACGGUGCUCUGAGCCUCCCUCUCCUCCGUGGAGCUGGUGGGAGGCCCUGGGAGUGACCAAGGCAGGGCAGAGGGGCUGGAGCCGGGACCCAGACUCCCUGAGGGGUUGCUGCCCUGGAGGAAAUAAAGAGAAGUCGUGGUGUGAAGCCCUACGCACGUGUGUCCAUGCGUCAGGCUGCAUGCUUGUCCAAAAAUGGCUCUCCAUGUCUGGAUACCGGGCCUGGCACCCGAGUGUGUGCAGGAGUUGGUUUGUGGACACAGAUGCAAUCUCUAGGGUGCAGGUGAGAACCCAGCUACAGCCGACUGGA